GCUUUGCGAGCUGACACACAUAGAAUACUGUUCUAUACUGCAUACUUAUGUUAAGGGCAUCCUUCAUGCCAUUGCAGCGUUAAUACCACACGUCUAUUACUUUACUAAUCAAUUGAUCUUUCUCGUUUUCUCUUUUCCUCUCUUUUUUGUAUUUUCUGUUUAAUUGAUUUCAUCUACGUCUGGUGCAAAAAAAAACUCGAAUUCGCAAUCAUCAUUUUCAUUUUAUCGAAUACCAACUUAUCUUCUCGGUGCUCCAAACACAUCGUAUGCAACGUCUAUACAUGAUUCCGCAGGAUGAAGCAGGAUCCCCGGCGAAUAAUGGCGUGAGCAAUGGGGAGAAGAAGUCCAAAGAAAAUGGACAUAGCAAAUCUUCGAGGCAUCGCAGCCGCUCUAAGGAGCGUGAGCGAGAUCGUGAUAAGGAGCGCGAACGGGGCGAUCGUGACAAAGAACGAGACCGGGAUGGUGGUGAAGGACGCUCGCGUAAGGACAAGGAUCGCUCGCGUUCACCCCGGCCACGUGACAAGGAAAGGGAAAAGGAUCGGCGCAAGAGUAAGGAGCGCAGCAAAUCGCGUUCACCUCGUCGGGAACGCUCGAAAGAUCAUAAGGAAAAGGAUCAUCGCGGAAAGAGCGACCAUCAUCGGUCGGUAGAGAAAAGGCGCUCUCGAGAACGUGGCGGCGGUGGUAUGAUUGAUCAUCGCAGAAAAUCCCGCGAGCGUGACCAUCGUCGUCGCAGUCGAUCGCGCGAAGCUGGCCGCAGAAGACGCUCCAUGUCACCACGGCACUACCGACGGGGCCGCGGUGGUUAUGGCAGCUAUCGGGAUCGUACACCGGGAGAUGAUGUCAGCCAGGAGGAUCGGGAUGCACGCACCGUUUUCUGUAUGCAACUUUCGCAACGUAUUCGUGCCCGUGACUUGGAAGAGUUCUUCUCCAGCGUGGGCAAGGUACGCGACGUGCGGUUGAUCACUUGCAACAAGACGAAACGCUUCAAGGGAAUCGCCUACAUCGAGUUUAAGGAUCCAGAAUCAGUUGCCCUUGCCCUUGGCUUGUCCGGUCAGCGAUUGCUCGGUAUUCCUAUCAGCGUGCAGCAUACACAAGCAGAGAAGAAUCGAAUGGCCAACCAGCCACCACCGGCGCCACCGAAAAAUCCAGCCGGUCCUAUGCGACUCUACGUAGGUUCUUUGCAUUUCAACAUCACCGAGGACAUGUUGCGAGGCAUUUUCGAACCAUUCGGAAAGAUCGACAACAUUCAACUGAUUAUGGAUACUGAUACGGGACGCUCAAAGGGAUAUGGAUUUAUUACAUUCCACAAUGCCGAUGAUGCAAAGAAAGCACUAGAACAGCUGAAUGGUUUCGAAUUGGCCGGGAGACCGAUGAAAGUUGGUAAUGUAACGGAGCGGCUGGACGUCACAACUCAUGCAUCACUGGACACCGACGAGAUGGAUCGCAGUGGAAUCGAACUCGGUGCCACCGGUCGGUUACAACUGAUGUUCAAACUCGCCGAAGGUGCUGGCCUUGCCGUACCGCGUGCUGCUGCUGAUGCUCUGCUAGCAACUGCUCCUCAGCCUAUUCCCCAACAACCCAUCCAGCAGUCGCCUCCGAUCGCUACCCAAUGCUUCCUGCUAUCCAACAUGUUCGAUCCGAGCACCGAAACUAACCCGAACUGGGACGUCGAGAUACAGGAUGACGUAAUAGAGGAAUGCAAUAAGCAUGGCGGUGUAUUGCAUGUCUACGUUGACAAACUCUCACCCUCUGGAAAUGUGUACGUCAAGUGCCCCAAUGUAGCAACGGCUGUGCUCGCCGUCAAUGCACUCCAUGGCCGUUGGUUUGCUGGGCGCGUCAUCGGUGCUGCGUACGUGCCAUUAGUUAACUACUACAAUCUGUUCCCAGAUGCCGCGGCUAUGGCCACGCCAUUACAACCGAAACGAUCUGGUUGAAGCUACCUUGCGUAAUGCAAAACGCUAAUCGAUCAUCGUAUGGGUUAAUGUUUGGUAACUUCAAAAGAGGAGCUCCGGGGCACUAAAAAUCGAUCAUGUUUUGAAAGUUUUACCAACCAAUUGCUGUUACUUAUGCAGCAGUGCACAGGGGCUUGGUUGGUGAAUAUCGGUGUAUGAAGCAUAUAUCUUGUACACUGAUGCAGUACGUGAGGGAAGCAAACGAUUAAUCGUAGCUUAAUGUACUAGCAUUUGUGCUUGGAACAUAGGACAUCAACAUCGAUAUGCACAGCGUUAGCAAAAAUGUGAUAUGAAAACCCCAGAUGCCCCAGAAAAUGACUCGUUAUUUUUACAAUACCUUGCUAAACGGAAUGCCCGAAUUGCAUACAGACAUACAGAAUAGCAUUCAUAUUGUGCUAUCUAUUUUCGUCUCGCAAAAUUACGAUCUUCGGUCACAAGAAUUGGCAAGAGCGGCGUUCAAGCCAGCAACAAAAAAAAUCAACAGAAACGUAUCUCCUGUUUUAGUCGCAUGUUGUGUCUAGGGAUGAAGAUUAGCUGUAAGAAUUUUAAUAGUUCUAAGCAACAUGAAGAAGCAUUCAAUUCAACUUCAAAUCGUACAAAACGAAAAUGAACUGUUUAAUCUUGGUAAAGCGAUUCAGCGAAGAUGUAGAUCGCAUGUUUGUCUUCUUUUUAAGUUUUGCAAGCUACACUCCUGCUGAUUUCAUUCAAACAUAUGUUUGAAAAGAAUACAAAAUGGUAGGGUGCAAGUUCUGGGAGAGGAGAAUUGAUUUAAUUUCCGAUGGAUAUAAUGCCAGGAGUGGCAGUUGACAGUGCGCUAUUUGGAAUUACCAAAAUACACAGCUAUCAGGACAAUGCUACGAAAUGGUUUUAUUGAAAAUUAUGCCCAUAUGAUUUCGGGCCUGUAAUGAAUACUGUCCCAAUUUCGUCGGUGGCGGGGCUAAAGCUGGUCAAUUUGAAAUGCCACUCCUGGUUGGAUUAAUUUUAAGACAAAACUAGUUGUAAUAGGAAGAGAAGAGCCGAAAAUGGGAUUUGUAGCUGUACAGCUACUAUACUACAGUCGUAAAGGUUGUAGAGGCAAUGGUUUGGAAGAAGACAAUUAAUACAAACAAUUCCAAAGGUGUAA